GGUAACGCGAACAGUGCUGAUAUUAGUUAAUAGAAUCGUUAAAUUCAUUAAUUUGAAUUGUAAUUGCAGCUAUACGUCAGCAAAUCAAAGAAAGGGUUCUUUAAAUGAAUAAUAUUCACUUUUAUUUUGUAGCUGUCCCGCAGUGCAGCUUGUCACGAUGAUAAAGUUAUAAUGUUGCUGUGGAAACCUGUGACAUUCACGGCUUGCUGGUUUAUUUUAAUAUAGCGAAUUUGCCCCGGUAAGGGGUUUAAAAUGGUUGUAGAGGUGGAGAGCUUUUAUGGGGUGUACAUGCUGUACUGCACCAACCCCAAAUUUAAGGGGCGCAUUUACAUCGGAUUCACUGUAAACCCUGAGCGGAGGAUCGGACAACACAACGGCGGGAAACACAAAGGGGGAGCCAAGAAGACCAGCGGGAGAGGACCCUGGGAGAUGGUGCUAAUCAUUCAUGGCUUUCCGUCUGAUAUUGCUGCUCUACGGUUUGAGUGGGCGUGGCAGCAUCCACAUAUCUCUCGCCGGCUCUCCCACGUGACCCGGCGCACACGAAAAGAGUCCAGUCUGCAGUUUCACUGGCGUGUGCUUUCAAACAUGCUGCGGGUGGCGCCAUGGAGUCGCCUACCCCUGACUGUGCGCUGGCUGAGGCAGGAAUACCGUCUGGAGUUUGAGCCACAGCUGCAACCGCCUCUGCACAUCCCUCUGACCUUUGGCUGUGUACGAGCUAAAAAGAAACAACAGCAAGAAGACAAGCAACAAGAGGAGAUCCAGCUGGACCGGUGUCUGCUGUGUAGAGGGAUUGUGCAGACUGCAGAUAGACUGUCUUGCUUCCAUCCCUCCUGUAAGAUGGUCUGUCAUCUGACUUGCUUGGCAAAACAUUUCUUAAAGUCCGACCCGGGUCACCUGCUUCCUGUAGAGGGCGAGUGCCCAGGCUGCCGUCACUCAUUGCUUUGGGGGAGUUUGAUUCGCCACAAAAAUGGCUGCUACGGCGACCUAGAAGAGAUUACUUCAAAUUCUUCUCAGAAUCAUUGGGCAGAUGAGUUGCAGAUUUGAACAAUACUGAUGCUGACGACUAAUUUUAACAGAAAUGGGCAAAACUAAAGGUUUUAACUGCUACCUCAGGCUAAAUGAAUUUGAUCUUGGCUUAUCAUGAGUAUAUCAUCUAAUGUCCUGAAUCCACAUGUAUCAGGAUUAGUUUAUUGUUUUUAAUCAUUGAAGGGUCAUUCCUUGAAUAUAAAUAUUAAGACAUGAAUAAUGCCUUUGUUUUUUUAAAUGACAUAAUGAAUCUUGAUGUAAGCAAUGUUUUUGACAUCUCCAUAUCUUGUACUAUGAAAAUAUUUAUUAAGUUUUAAAUAUAUUAAUUUAUUUUCAUCAUUAGUUUCAUUUG